AACUCCGCGACCCCGGGCGGGGUCGCGGAAGGAUCGGACGGGCGGCCGACCCUCGCGCCGCCGAUGCCCCACGUGUACGCGACGAAGCGUCGCGCGGUCGACGCGUCGGCGGCGUCGUUCCGAACGUUCUUCGUCCGUCCCGGCGGCGGCGGCGUCUCGUCGCUUCUCUUCUCCGCGUCCGACGGCGGCGGCGCGCGCGCGUCGUUCACCUCCACCUCCACCUCCGCGCCGCCGCCGUCGAACGCGAUCCCCCGCCACGCGUUGCCGUCCUCCCACGCGAUGCCUUCGCUCGUGACCUUGCCCUUCAGCGCGGACGGCCCGCCCUUCGGGGAAAAGUCCACCUCGAUCUCGGUCUCGUCGACGCGCGCGCGACGACGACGUCGUCGUCCUCGUCCGCCGCCGCCGCCGCCGCCGUCGUCGCCGCGAGCGCUUCUUCGCGCGCUUCGGAACGGCCGCCGCCGCCGCCGCCGCUCGCCGUCGCGUCGACGUCGCCGUCGCCGCCGUGCGCGCGCGCGCGGUUCCCUCGCGCGGAGGAGGGAGCCGAACGCGCGAUGACGACGGGCGCGUCGACGUCGCGCUCGAGCGGCGACGCCGCCGACGACGCGCGCCCCGACGGCGUCCGCCCGGGGAGGUACAGCUCGCCAACCUUCCCGAGGCUGUGGACCCCGACCCCGCCGCCGGUCGUCGCGCGCGCGACGAUCGCGACGAGCGCGACCGCGGCGACGAGCCACGGCAGCCGCGGCGUCGUGGGGCGCGGCGUCAUGGG